ACCACACGAGUUAUUGAACUAUCGACACCUAUCGAAUAUCGAUUUGAGAAAAAAAAAAUUUUUUUGGCACAUCAACAUUAUUUUGUUCUUUGUUGGUUUUAAACAUUUUUAAGGUUAGGUAGUGAAAUUUAUUAUUAUUGAUAAAAGCACUAUUUUCUUAUUAGAUGUUUCUAGUUCCUAGAUAUUUACAAUAUCUUAUCAAUUAAUAAAGCUUAGAUGAUUUAUUUUACGACGAGUUACUACAAAUAAUAUUGUCGUCAUCAAUUAUUGGUUUUUUGUUUGCAAUAUUAUCCAAGCUAUGGACUAACUUGAGCCGUCAAUGGUGAAAUAUUUAUUUUGGAUAUUAUCUACUUAAUUUUUUAUUUGAUCUUAAGAGAAAUUGAUAAAUAACAUGGCAAGUGAACUGCAAGGUGAUCAAAAUGACAAAAAUAGCAAUAGUGCUGUUACAAAAAGAUUGAAUAAAGUUUUGGAAACACGUCUGGAUAACGAUAAGGAUACAUUGGAAGCACUGAAAGAGUUGUCAGUAUUUUUCACUGAAAAUACUCUACAAUCCAGGAGGAGUCUGAGAAGUAAAAUCGAAAAAAGGAGUUUACUUAUCAAUGAAGAAUUUCUGUCUGCAUUUCGUAUGGUGAAAGAAGCUCUUGACAGUGUUUACAAUGAUGUAUCUGAAAUGAACAAUUCUGUCCAAAAUAUGACACUGCAAUUGCAGGCUACAAAGUCACAAACUCAUGAUCUCAUAGAACAGACAACAAAGCUUCAGUGUGAGAGUGACAAGUUGAGUAUGCAACAAGAUGUUGCCAAGUCGUUUCUCACCACGUUCCAGUUAUCCAAAGAAGAACUAGCAGCUCUAGGGGAAGCGAAUAUAACUGAUGCGUUUUUCUCAGCAUUGGACAGAGUCAAAUCGAUCCAUGAAAAUUGUAGAAAACUUUUACAAUCGGGUCAUCAAACACUGGGACUUGCUAUUAUGGAUCAGAUGGCUAUGUACCAGGAAGCAGCUGUGGAAAAAAUCUACAGAUGGGCUCAGACACAUUGCCGUAACAUUGAAUCUCCAUCGAUGAGCAAUCUCCUGACUCAGGCUAUGACCAGACUUCAAGAUAGACCAGUCCCUUUCAAAUACGUGAUGAACGAGUACUGCACGAACCGACGGGCGAUUCUGGUGCGCCUGUUCCUAGAUGCACUGACGAAGGGGGGGCCGGGGGGUACGCCCAAGCCAAUAGAGAUGCACGCUCACGACGCCAAGCGAUACGUUGGCGACAUGCUUGCAUGGCUGCACCAGGCUGUGCCCAUCGAGAAGGACAAUCUCAACACACUGCUCAAGUCUGUCGACAAAUUAGAUGUGAAUGAGGAAAUUCAACAAGCAUUGGCAAAUAUAUCGGAAGGAGUAUGUCAUCCUCUCAGAGUUCGAGUAGAACACAUUCUUUCUUCUACAACGGUUGUGACCGCACUGUAUUGUGCCAUCAACUUCUUACGCUUCUAUCAUCAAACCUUUUGCCAGGUUAUCCCCAGUGACAGUGCAUUGGUGUCGACGUUGGAUGAUCUUGUCAGGUUGGGUGAACAGGUGAUGUUGACCAAUGUGCAGAACCAAGUGAGGCACCACCUGGCGGAUCGCGGGGACAUGCCACCACCUGACCUGUCACCAGCUCCAUCUGUCACCCAUCUGCUCAAUCUACUCAAGGACAUACUGUCCGUUGUGAGUGUGGCUGAAGGAUCUCACGAGAAGAUAAACAAGAUUGUUUCAAGCAUAUUGGAUCCAUUGCUGCAAUCAGUGAACAUAACUGCCAGUCGCCUGUCAAGUGUCGACAUGGCAGUCUACUUGUUGAACUGUUUGCAUCACAUGCAAACCAUGCUUGCUCUCUACCAGUUCAUGGAUGAUCGACUCGAGAGGCUGCAGGCACAAUCGGAAGCUCAGAUAGAUACAUUGACAUCGGAGCAGGCCAAUUCACUCGUUGUCCAUCUCAACCUGGGACCCAUCUACACAAUACUGCAGGAUCAAACCAAAGGACCGCUAUCACAAAUACCAGGAAUGGAGCCUACCAGCUUAUCCAAUUUCUUGAGCAAGCUGGAGAAACUGCUGCAGAUGCCGGAGCUGCUGCUAUUGCCGCAGGUGGCAUGCCUGGUGAGCGGCAGCCACCGGUCGCUGGUGCAGCGUCGCGCCACUGAGGUGAUUGUCGCCAUCUACACGCAACUGCACACCUGUGUACACGAUCCGGCCAACCUCUACGACAGACCGGCGCAAAUUAUGCCGCGCACGCCGCACCAAGUCUCACAGCUCCUUCUUGGAUCACCCUCUCAAUACAAUAAACAUGAAGACAUUUUGUAAUUAGAUUCACUUUGAACAAUCAGCAUUGGUUCAAUGUAUAAAUAAAUAAUAAUAGGAAUCAUAAAUGCUGACAAUUUGGAGUAGAUCUCAAUAUAGAUGGAUGAAUGCACUAAAUAUUGUCAAUUUCACAAAUGAUUUUGUUUUAAAGCCUCAACUCGUCUGGUUUUAACUGUAACAUAUAUCUUUGCUCCUGCUUUGAUGACUCCCAUUCAAACAUUUCCUAAAUAUGUGGAACUUUGAAACCUGAAUAGCGUUGUUAAACUCGUGAAAUCAAAUCAAAUUCUAUGAUGGAUGAAUAGAGAACAUAAUUUUCAACUCUACAAAUCAUUCUUGGGUUAAGAACCUUUUGUACACUGUACAACAUUUACGCAUCUUCAGAAGAAAAGAAAUGAGUUGCAGUAGUACUAAUAUUCUUGUGAAGAUAAUUAUAUUUUUUGAAUACCAAGAAAGGUCCCAGGCUCAAACCCCGGCCGGCCAAUAUAUUUUUCCUACAGUUACCUUGAAAAGUGACCAUUCCUGCACUGAUAACAGAACGCAAAGAAUCACUUUUCCGCUCUAGUGCGCAAAGUAUUACUUUGCGUACUCUUAAUACUUUGCGUAUUAUCUUGCAGCCAUUCCAAUCAGCUGUUGACAUUAUUGGCGUGUAUUUUGAAUGCGAAUUUGUUCUAUCUCAUAUAUUUUUUCUGAUUUUCAAAUAAAUAAAAGUGAGAACUCAUUAAAUUAUACUUUUUGAAUAUUAUCAAUUUUUUCAAAUAAAAUUUUUCUCAUUCAUAAAUUGAUUGGUUGAAAAAUUAUUUCGAAAUUAAUAUAUUUUCAAAAUUUCAAAUUAAUUGGAUUGAUUUAAUUUUUAAUCUGAAUAAAUUAUCGAUUAUUAAUUUUCAAUUCGAUUAUCAAGUUUAAAAUAAAUUAAAGUUGUUAUUAAUAACAAAAUUAUACAGACAAACAUUUGAUGAAUUUCAGCCAUCAUUUUACCCAUAAUCAACCACUUUUCAUAUUCAAUGGUAACUGUAGGAAAAAUUUAAUGUGAAAUACGUGCGCAAAGCUCCUCUGCUGCACUCAAGAAACCAUUCCGCCCUCGCCUACGGCUCGUGCGUAAACGUUUCUUUUGGUGAAGAAAAAUGUCACUUUGCGCAAUAGUUGCACAAAUAACUAUUCUAGGUUUUCGAUGGACACGUAAAAACGUCGUUCCCGUUUGCCUAGAAACAGUCGUUAAGUCAUAGCAGAAGCAGAAAUAUUGAUCGGGUAUGUGUUUUAUUACAUUUUAUAAACCAGUUUAAGGGCUCAUCUCCCAAGUUGAGUCUAUACUCAACUUCUUUUCUAGGCUUAACCACCCUACCAUCUAAAGAUCAGUCUAUGUGCAUUAAAACUUGAAUUGUAUUAUGUUGAAUAAAACUAUUUUUGUGGAAUAACAUUA